CAUGACCGUCACGACGCGGCGACGACAGUCGGUGGCGGAAACGGCAUCCGGCAACACCAUCACUCUCGGGGACCCAGGAGCAGUCGUCUCGCCACAGUGAUCCUCGGCCGUCAAUUCCGUCGCUCACACACACACUCACGCAACCGAAUAAUAAUAUAUCUGUGCAGUUAACCCGAUUAACAUUAACCAUCAACGGUCCACAAAUAUUACAUAAUUAUUGCAUUUCGUACAAGUCAUCCUCGCCUAGGAUUACAGAGGAACUGGUGGACUUCACAGUUGUGGCACUUUUAUUUCGUCCGCGGGCUGCAUAAAACUGUCGAUUAUUAAAAUUAUUGCGAGCUCAACAAUAAUAUUCGUCAUAUCCGUAUCGUAGCCGGAAGAUGAUGCACGCCAAUCGUCAGUGGCCCUUUCAGCGAUCCAACAGCAACGGAAAUGGCAUCGUUUACGGUGUCGACUAUAACCACGACGACGGUGGAGGCGCAGAAGAUGACGAUGAUGCAGCGGAAGAGUUUGGUGACUUUGGUGGCGAUCAAACAGCGACCAACAGACGGUACUUGACCGUACAGCCAAAACAGUGGUGUACAUCAUACGUUGCCGCCAAUCGACAACAUUACAUACAUUCUACUGCAGAAUCUGCGGUAAACCACAACGGUGGAGUUGGAUUAGAUAACGAUGUCUACAGUGGCAGAUCAACAGCUGAUUAUUUCCGUUCGAAAACAAUGCCCAGGAGGACCGGAACGGCAACCGUGAUGGACGACUACGACUUCGGUAACGGUAACGACGGCGACGGGAACGUCUCGGCGGUCGGUGGCGGCCACAGACAGUGGCCCGCGUCGUCGGCGGACAUCGUCGAGUACGAUUCGUCGGCGGUCGCGGACACGCCGACUCCGCAGCAACAGCAACAGUUUCUACUACCUCACAACCAGCAACAGCACCAGCACCUGCAACAGACGAACACGUUUCUGCAGAAGUCCGGCGCAUCGGUGUCUGCGCACGAUCCGCACGCCGCCGCCCGUCGCGCCGCACAAGUCGACAACAACGGCAGGCCCAAGUCCCCGUCCAAGUGGAAGACACACGCUCUGUACGUGUUUCUCGCUUGCCUGCUGGCCGUGGUCGUCAUCAACCUCACGCUCACGCUCUGGUUCAUCCGAGUCACGCAGUUCACGUCGGAGGGCAUAGGAUCUAUGAAGAUCACACAUGGUGGCCUCCGGCUGUCUGGUCGGACACUGGUCACCAACCGGCUGGUGGCAUCGGCGAUAAGAUCUCGGGUCGGACAUCCGCUUCUUAUCGAGUCUACUGCUAACGUCACGUUAAGUGCUCGAAAUUCACUGGGACGCCAGGUGAACAGUCUCAAAUUAACUAAAGAUGGUUUGGAGUGCGCACAAGCUAGCAUUUUCAAGGUGACCGAUACACGUGGCGAAACGCUAUUCUCAGCCGACAGGAGUAAGGUUAUAGUCGGCGCUCAAGAACUUCGAGUAACAGGUUCUGGUGGUGCUGUGUUUCAAGGCAGUGUCCAAACGCCAGUGGUUCGAGCUGAUCCUCGCCACGACUUAAGGUUGGAGUCAGCGUCCCGAAGACUCGAGCUAAGCGGUCCCCAAGGAGUGACUAUUGAGUCCAGGGCCGGUGACAUAACCGUAUCGUGUCUGAUGGACGUCAAGCUGCAGUCAAUAGCUGGAGCGAUACAAAUCGACGCGGCCAAGGUGUUCCUCAAGGGACUGAAGACGGUCAAGACUACGACUUCGGCCAACAUGGCUGCGGCAGCGGCGGCGAUGUCUGCAGAAGCGGAUGGUGGAGGCGGCAAGUCGACUUCACAACAAAAUUCCAUCGGCGGCUCAAAAAAGAGAGGUGCCGAGGACAAGUUGCCCAGCGUGUAUCAGCUGUGCGUGUGCGGUAACGGUAAAGUGUUCAUGUCACCACCGGACGGUCAGUGCGCAGCCGACAACGAGAGUCUGGUGUGCCGGUGAACGGUCCGGUACUUACCGCGGGCGGUAUACCGUGGUCGCGGUUUCGGCAAGUCACCAACCGCACCUAUUACAAUAUUAUCAUACGCGUAAUCGCAUCUAUAUAUAUAUAUAUAUAUUAUAAAUAGUAGCUACGAUAUUCUAUGUCAUUAUUAAGUUUUUAUUCCAAUAUAUUCUAUUAACGCGAUUCCCGCGUUCGUUCGUACGCAUAUAAACCAUAAUCUUGUUUAGUGUAGAAGAAUAUUGUUAUAUAUAGUCACAAUAUGUUUCCAAAUAUUUUAACCAAUGACGACGAUCCGAUAUUUUCGACUCGUGCGUACUUCUCAUAAUAUAUAUUAUCACAUUGUUAUAUUAUUAUUAUAUAUAUAUGAUCUAUAUCUGCGUCUGCUUCAUAUAAUAUUUAUAUCAAAAUUUUACGCGAGUAGUAUAAUAAAAUGACAAAAUAAAUUCGAUAUAAAUAUUAUGAAAAAAAAUAUAUGCGACAUUAUACCUAGUGCCUCGAAACUAGAUUGGACUUCAUUCAAGACAUCAAAUAUAUUAUAUUAUAUUUAAUAUUAUAAUAUUGUCUAAUAUAGGUAGGUACGUAACUUUUGUAAAAUCUAUACUAUAUAAUAUUAUACGUUUUAGAUAUCUUUUUCUUAUCGUUUUUUUUUUUUUUUAUGACUGGAAAUUUAUUAUUUUAAACGCUUAAUAGUUCGUCAAAAACCAAUAUCUAAAAAAAGCUUAGGUAGCCUAAUAUAAUAUAUACUUAUAUUACUAUCAAAUUAUUAUAACAGGCAAAUUAUACACACGUUUAUUUGUAAAACGUUAUAAUAACUACAUCAAUCAAAUAAUUAUAUUAAUUAUUAAUUAUACAUCGAUUUACUACGUGUAAAUAUUGGUUAAUAUUAUAUAUAAUAUAAUAUAUUAUGUUGUCAUUGAUGAACUCAAUAUAAUAUCACAUGUUUCUUAUGUGUUUGUUGUUUUUUUUCCGGUUGACUGAUACUUUAUUUAAAUUGUAACUAUGAAAUAUAAAAAUAUAAUACAGUAUAGUCACCGCUUGUUGGAUUCACGGGAUUAAUUAACUCAUUCACCUAAUGGACUCAAACAGGCUGGUUCCAAUUUACACAUAGGUACAUAUUUAAAACAGUCGUCCAUUAAACUCACUAAACUGGUUAAUUGAGACAAUAUAUAUUUUAACUUUUAAGGGCAUAAUUCCACAUUAUUUAGACUAUUUAAUUUAUUUUAUCGCACAUACGUAUAUAUUUUAAGGAUAAAAAUUAUUACAUCAUACCAAAAAGUAACUAAUAACUAUUUUAAAGUUUUGUUUUUUACAUAAUAUCAAAUUAUGUAUUUAUUUAAAUAAGCUAUGUAUAUAUUUUCAGGAAUUAAAUUUUUCUGAACCAAUAUUUUUAAAAAAGAACCAUGUUUUUUACUUCGUGAAUAACAAGAUACAUAUAAAUAAAUUUUAUUCCUAAGAAUAAAUAUAUUUUAUAGCCAAAUUUAAUUGUUUAAUUACAAUGCAUAAUAUAUAUUAUUUUUAUUCUUGGAUCUCUCAUGUUAUUGCCUCAUUCGGUUAAUGGACUACUCUGGUCCCAAACUGAAUCCAAUAAGCGGCGAGUGACGACUACUAUUAUAUAUGUUGUGACAUAGUAUUAUUAUUGCUGUUUUGCCGUAAAUUUUGUGUUUUUUUUCCUAUUUCGGUUUAGUCGGUUUUCGGUUGUAGUCAUGAAAUAUUUGUAUUGUAAAGCUUUUAUUUGAAUAACUAUCAUUGUAUGAUACAUUUAUUUACAUUAGAUACUUGUAAUUUUGAGCCACAAAUCUAAAUAAUAUACAUAUAUUAUAUUAUAUUAUGUCUUAUACUUGGGCAAUUUGCAAAUAUUAUUAUUAUUUUUAUUUAUAUAUUGUUAAUAUUUAAAACCAUGUCAUGUGUACAUAAUAAUAAUAUUAUAUAAUAAUUUGUGACGUGUAUUUGAAAUGUUAUACAAAAUAUUAUUGUUCACGUGAAUUGUUGACGCUCGUGAGUAUUGUUUUCCGACGUGUAGGUAUUAAAGAUAUACAAAAACAAAUUAUAUAGCUAUUAUAUAUAGCUAGGUAAUAUACAUAUAUGUACUAUAAUUGUUUUGUGUUUACGUGUUUAUUAUAAAAUGAAAGAAUAAAUCUAUUGAGAUCAUA